ACCGCCCGUUCUCCCCGCAGGCCUCCGGUAACAAGGUGAGCCGGCAGUCUGUGCUGUGCGGCAGCCAGAACAUCGUCCUCAACGGCAAGACGAUAGUUAUGAACGACUGCAUCAUCCGCGGCGACCUGGCCAACGUGCGGGUGGGACGGCACUGCGUGGUCAAGAGUCGCAGCGUCAUCAGGCCGCCCUUCAAGAAGUUCAGUAAAGGGGUGGCUUUCUUCCCUCUGCACAUUGGUGACCAUGUCUUCAUAGAAGAGGAUUGUGUUGUCAACGCGGCCCAGAUUGGCUCCUAUGUGCACAUAGGCAAGAACUGUGUCAUUGGACGAAGAUGUGUUUUGAAAGACUGCUGCAAAAUCUUAGACAACACAGUACUCCCUCCUGAAACCGUAGUUCCACCUUUCACUGUCUUCUCGGGCUGCCCAGGACUCUUCUCUGGGGAGCUCCCGGAAUGCACCCAGGAACUCAUGAUUGACGUUACCAAGAGCUAUUACCAGAAGUUCUUGCCACUCACUCAGGUCUAGUAGCCCAUUUCCCGUGUUUCAGGCACACAGGAGCGUUCUGGGGGUGGGGACAGGGGUGUUGUGCACUGAGGCCAGAGCCCUGUGCUCUCCUGAGCACUUGCGUGUGUGUGCCUCACCACUGCUGGCCUGGCCAAGCAGUCCCUCGUGAAAGCUGCUGUGUCCUGUCCAAACUUUGUAUGCUCAUCCAGUGUACUCCAUUCCACAUUGUCUGAAUUGUGCCACUGAAUGUUCUGGAGCUGGGGAAGCUGAAACACCUGCCUUGGGGCAGCAGCUGGACAACGAGGCAGAGCUGACACGUGCUCUGCAGCCUCAGCCUGCCUGCUCAGUUCUGUCCUAACCCAAAGCCAGGCUUAGGUUUGCUAGGAGCUGUUCUGGGUAUGCUCUGGGCACCUACCAGGGUUCCUUAGACCCAGGCCUUUCCUUUGGCGCAGUACUUACUGCCCAUGGGCCUGCACGCUGAGGUGCAUGGCCUCUUCCUUUUCUCCCUGGGAUUCUCUCUAGGGGUUUGUCCUCCUGAUGUUGGCUGUAGGAGUUUUGGCUGGCACUGGCACCUGUCUUUCUGUGCCUGACAGGAGGUUUCUUAGCUUUUAGCUCCUGAGGCAGGCUGACCUUAGUCCUAUGCUCUCACCACUUCCCGAAUAUCACAGACCGUAAAAAGCCACCAUGUCACUCACAGAAUUCAGUGCAGCAGUGGGUAAUUAAAAGUGAGAGAAUGCUGCAACUGUCCUCAUUUAUUACUCGGUGUCUAUAUUUGCAGAAAGCUCUUCAGUGCUUUUCUGAAUUAUGAAACUUAAGAAUGGUGCUCAGACUUCUUAGAGUGAAGGUUUCAUUUUGGACAUGUAAUAGAGCAGGAAUAGUUCUUGCUGAGAGCAGCUCUAAAAGUUGGAGGCAUCUGAUUGUACACCUGAGUACAGACAACUGGCUGCACACCAGUCUGCCUGCUCUGGUUGUGCUCUGUUAGAGCUUAGCAUAGUCCUGCUCUAGGUUUUAAACUGGGGCUCCUGCAUGUUGUAGUGUAGUGGCUGGGGCCAGGACAUGUAUUUAGGUGUGUGGUAGGUGUGUGGCUGUGGAUGAGCAGCCCUGAAGCCUCAGCUGAUCUGUGUAGCAAAUGCUGAUACACCUUAAUAGCAAAUAGCUGUAUGAACACUAACGUGUAGUAGCUGCUGUACAUCACAUGUAAAACUACUGACUGGUUUGUAUUUUUACUGUACAUAAAUUAAAGCCUCUUCAGUUGU